AUGUCAUCCUUUCAAGACCUGGUAGACUUAUCAUUCGGUGGUCCUGAAGAUGGACAAGUCAACUUCAAUGCUCUCCACUCUCUCAUGCACGCAAUCGUUUAUAAAUUAAAACUAUCAGACGAGAAAGCCUUAGUAGACAACGAAACUAUAGAGAAGAUCAAGGAACACACAAAAAAUUUUGCGCUUCUCAAGACACUUAAAGAAAGACAACCCAGCAAUCGUCAUUCUCAUUACAGCAAUUACACAACCACACAACUGCACAAUCAUCACAGCAUCGGCCUUAACUCCUUUGUUGGCUUGGUGGAGAGAUUGAAAAUUUUAGAACUGUUCUGGGAGAAGUUGAACUCUUUGCCAACCAAUGAAAUCAUUAUAAAAACAACGGAAGCUAAUGUUCCAAAUCUCACGCCUCUGACUGACAUGUGGGACAAAAUUAAGGUCGCAAAAACUGUCGAGGCCUGUGAACAGGGAAUCAAGAAGAAAGAGGCCAUAGAAGAACUAGGUAACGUGGCUAAUCAGUUUGAGAAAAAUGAAUCUAUGAUGGCAAGCAUAACAGCUCGCAUGGGAGAAGGUAGCCUACCUAACGAUGACUUUUUUGACAAUCUGCCAACGUGGACUUUGUUAGAGCAACUAAUGAAAGGCUCUUACGAGAAUAUAUAUUCAGGUAAGGAGAAGCGAGAGAUGGGGGAAAAACCGCUAAGUGAGGACAUGAAAAAAAUGCUGGGUGACCUCGGGGCAAUGGUGGCCUACAAUGAUGAAUUGCUUGCCAGGAUUCAAACCAUUGAGAACAAUUUGCAGUAUCUGACAGACAGAGCUGCUACGAAGGCAGACAUUCAAAAGCUGAACGUGAAGAUGGCAGAGGUCCAGGGCAUUGCGAGUGCGGUCGACAGAUUGCUGUGUCGCAUACAGGGCUCGGAGGACCAGCUCUGUUGCUUACGGCAGGUUAUAAACAAGAUAUACGGCUGUGUGAGUAACAACACCAGCCAGGGCAGCAGCCAAGGUGUCAUCGCGUGUUUGGGCGGGAAGGGUGAAGGCGCCCAAAUUUCUAAAAAUAGCACAUCCAAUCCGAGUGGAAGUGGUGGUGGUGGGGUGAAUGACAACCAGCUGAAACUCUUCAUGGAUCAGUUGACGAAGGUGGAGUGUGAGUUGGAUGCAAUCAAGAGGAACCUCGUCUCUGUCGAUGGUAUCAAGGCCGAUGUGCAGAAUUUAUUUUCAAUCGUCAACGAGUUGGAUGAGAACAAACUUGAUAAAUGUCUUCUGGCCAGCGUCCUAGCUCACAAAGCUGACAAAAGCCAAGUGGAAGAUAAAGUAUCUCAAUCCUGUUUCGAGAACACGUGCACAGGUCUCAGCAGUGUCAUCAACGACAUUCUGACGAAGAUUCUUGAAAAUGACGCAGAAUGUAGGAACAUAUUCAACCAGCUGGAGAAGAUGGUGCAGUUGAAAUCGGACAGGGAAGAGCUGGAAGCGUUGAAGGACCAGUUGGAGGCCAAGUUGAAGUGCAUGGCGAAGAAUUUCAUGGGCUUGCAGAAGUUCAUAAGUGAAGAAGGUGAGGGAGAUGAUUCGAUGAACUUCAAGAGGAACGUCAACCAGAACCAGAACGAUGCCCCAACUCCCAACACGCAGGCAUCAACUCCGCAAUCAAAAGCUCCACCGUCCUUGCCUUUGAACCCGGGACUGUCGGGUAACAAAAUGAUUCGACAGUUCCCUCUCAUGGUGAAAGGAACAGAACUAAAAGGAGCCAAUCCUACCGGAUCGGGACCGGCCACCCAACAUCGGGUCUACGACUCCAUCCCAACACUUCCGGACGUGAAGGAAUUCGUGGCGGCCUGCCAGCAGAACCUCUCCCAAACCAUGAACACGUUGAGAGCUUGUUUGUCCGGUACUAAACUAGCUGCUCCUUGUAAAGUGGGAUUUGCUGAAAAAAGCAACGCUGUUUCUCGAGACUCGAACGAAUUCUCGACGAACGUAACAGCCAAACUAGCGGACAAAACAGUUUACUCAGCUCUUCUCAUAGGUUCAGAUCAGAAGAACCAGCUGACCAUGGAUUUCGAAGGAAAAACAGCAGAACCGUCGAAAGACUGAUAAAAAAUUCAAGCACCGCUCACAAAAUAUUAUUUUGAUAAUGAGUUGCUUGAGAACAAAUAUAAAUACAAUUUUUAUAACUUUUUUAUCUUUAUAUUUUAAAUUUUUUUACUUACACACUUUUACUUUUUUUAUUAGUUAAUAAAAUUUUGACUGUAUUAGUUAAGAAAAAUCCAUUAAUCUGAUGUUUAUGUCCAUUCACGAACCUUCGGCUAAAAAUUUUUACCUCAA